AAAAAAGGCAGCGAGUUAGUGAAUUAUAUCCCAGUUCACGUUUCUUGGUGAGAAAAGUGGUUUUCCCUCGUGACGCUAAUAGAGGCAGCAUGGUGUUGGCUGCCUCGCUGGGGAGGAGUAUUCACCCGCCUGCAAAAUAGGCAGAUGGGUAGAUGCAUCGUGCUGAGGGCGGUGGUGGUAGCUACGGCGCUGGCAGGGAGUCUGGCGCUGGCCCACCCUGCCGGAAAGGACCUCAAGGUCUUCGCCGACAGAAUCCGCUUGGAGAGGGCGAUGAGAGAGAAUAGGUCCGUCCACUGGGGAAUGAACAUGACGACGACUGAGAUCAUCGAGGCCAUGGGCUACCCAACAGAGAUCCACCACGUCACCACGGCGGACGGCUACAUCCUUGAGCUGCAUCGCAUCCCGCACGGCAUCAACAGGACGACGGGUGGAGACAGACCCGUGGCGCUGCUGCAACACUGCCUCCUUUGCUCUUCUGCCGACUACAUCAUGAACACUCCCGACCAGGCUCUGGCCUAUGUGCUGGCGGACGCAGGCUACGACGUGUGGAUGCCAAACUUCCGAGGAAACACCUAUUCGACCAAUCACGUGGAGCUGGACCCUGCAGACAUUAAGUUCUGGGCGUUCAGCUGGGAUGACAUGGCGGUGAAUGACGUGCCCAACAGCAUCGAUUACAUCCUGGCCACGACGGGGCAUGAGGACCUCUACUAUGUGGGUUGGAGCAUGGGAACCACAGCCUUCUGGGUAAUGAUGAGCGAGUUACCAGAGUAUAACAACAAGGUGAGGGCAAUGGCUGCCAUGGCUCCAGUGGCCUACCUGAACUAUGCCCAUGGUCCUCUCGUGGAGCUGGCGCCAUACUCAGGCGACAUCGACACCAUCUUAACACUGCUGGGCGUGGGUCAGCUGCUGCCCAGUGACGCCUACAUGGACUACGUAGCCGAAAAUUGGUGUGACAGCGAGUCCAUCGCUGCCGACAUCUGCUACAACUUCCUCUUCAUCAUCGCGGGACCAGAUUCGGAGGAGCUCAACGAGGAAUUCCUGCCGGUCAUCCUCUCCCACACCCCAGCUGGCUCCUCCGUGCAUACCUUCAAUCACUACGCUCAAACUGUUAUGUCAGGCAAGUUCCAGAAGUACGACUACGGUCUACUGGGUAACCUGAAUCACUACGGCCAGAACACACCGCCGCUGUACAACCUGAGUGCUGUGACCACACCUAUUGGUCUCUUCUGGGGACAGACCGACUGGAUCGCGCCGCCUCAGGACGUGGCGCGCCUCGCUGACGAGCUCCCAAACGUGGCGCUCAAUCACAGGGUAGAUAAGGAUGAAUUCAACCACCUCGACUUUGGCUGGUGCAAACAUCCCUACGAGUACGUCAACAGACACGUGGUGGACUUCUUAGCCAAGUUCUAGGGCUGCGUGGUGAGCGUGUCCAUCCUGGCCUUGGAGGAGAGUUGCGGUGUAGCAAUAAAACAAUAAAAGCAAUGUCCCUA